AUACAAUUUGUCAUUAAUUCCUUUCAUUGAGAAACACAUCAUUCAAUCAAAUCAUUCGUUUCCUUCAUAUAAAAGCCAUUUUUGAUUUUAAAAUCAGUCAUAUUGUGAGUGACAUUUGAGGCCUAAACAAAUUGUAUACCAAUUAACUCAUUCAAAACCAAAUACUGGAUAAGAGGACAAUGUCGGGCCCACCGCCGCCUUAUAACCCAAACGCAGGGCCGUACUAUCAACCGGGAGGGGCAGUGCCAGUGCAAGGCCCGCAAUACAACCAAGCUGGUUGGAAUCCGCCACCGGGACAGUACCAGGGCGGCCAACCCGGCCAACCAUACCAGCCUCAGCCAUAUCAGGGUCAGCCCUAUACCCAACAGCCGUAUUCACAACAACCGCAACAAACGAUUAUAAUUCACGAACAAAGCCAACAGCGAAGAGAAGGCAUUUCCGACGAACAGUGUUGUUGUAUAGCCUUAUUGGGCGCCUGUUGUCUGGCCUGUUGUCUCGCCGACUAGUGAUGUCCGCAAUCUAUUUAUUAUACAAAGUAUUACUCAAACCAAAUAUUAUCUAAUUUAAUGAUUUUUCUGUCAUUAUUUGUUUUCUUUAAUGCGUUUAAAUAAAAAUUUUUUUUUCAAUUUCAA